GUGUUCGUGUCAACAAAAGCUGUCGAGUUCAGAUUAGCUUCAAAGCUACCAGUAUGGCGCAACACGACUCCUCUCAUGUAGCCAGUUCACAGAAAGCUCUCAUGUUGGAAAUGAAAAGCCUUCAGGAGGAGCCCGUCGAGGGAUUUAAAAUAACUCUGGUGGACGAGGCUGACUUGUACAACUGGGAAGUGGCCAUUUUUGGACCACCAAACACUCAUUAUGAAGGGGGGUACUUUAAGGCUCGGAUCAAGUUUCCUACAGACUACCCAUACUCCCCACCUGCUUUCCGCUUCCUCACCAAAAUGUGGCAUCCGAACAUCUAUGAGAAUGGAGACGUGUGUAUUUCUAUAUUACAUCCUCCAGUGGACGAUCCUCAGAGCGGAGAGCUGCCUUCAGAGAGAUGGAACCCAACCCAGAAUGUCCGGACAAUUUUACUAAGUGUGAUCUCGCUGCUCAAUGAACCCAACACCUUCUCUCCUGCCAAUGUGGACGCCUCCGUCAUGUACCGCAAAUGGAGGGACAGUAAAGGCAAGGACCGGGAAUACGUAGAGAUCAUCAGGAAACAGGUGAUGGCCACCAAAGCGGAAGCUGAGCGAGAUGGCGUGAAGGUGCCCACAACCCUGGCCGAGUACUGCGUCCGUACACGCGCCCCAGCCCCCGACGAAGGCUCCGACCUCUUCUAUGACUAUUACUAUGAAGACGAUGACGUGGAGGAGGGAGAUGGCGACUGCUGCUAUGACGAGGAUGACUCGGGCAAUGAGGAGUCAUGACGAUUUUGUUGUCAGAAAGCCGAAUCUAGCUGACGUAUGCUCAACCCUCAUCUCUGCCUGGGUUGCCAGAUGUUCUAGGUUUACAACUGAGAAAUAUUGGAAGCUUCCCUCUUCUAAAUCGGUACAAGAGCUUUUUUUUUCCCCCCCCUUUGAGUCUCAGAGGUUAAAGUGUUCUCACCAUGAGGAGGCCAGACUUUGGACAGAUUUGCACCCGCACAAACGUCUGUUUUUGUUGUUUUUUUCUGUUUAAAAGAAUUGUUUCCCUCAUCCUAUUAAAUAUCACUUUGCUCACAAGAUCCAGUCACAUGUUUAGGAAAAGG